CAGCCCGUGAUUAGUGAAAAAUUAAUUUUCGAUAGCUGUUGAUAAGAGGAGCAUUAAAUAAUACACCUCGCGUGUCGUUUCUCACUUUGUGGAGUGUGGUUGACUGAAGCAGCGCCGAGUCGCACCGACUUUUUUCUCUACGUAAUAACAACUAUUUCACAAUGUGCGACGAGGAAGUUGCAGCGUUGGUAGUGGACAAUGGGUCCGGUAUGUGUAAGGCCGGGUUUGCAGGUGACGAUGCGCCUCGCGCCGUGUUCCCCUCGAUUGUGGGCCGACCACGCCAUCAGGGCGUAAUGGUCGGCAUGGGCCAGAAGGACUCGUACGUGGGCGACGAGGCACAGAGCAAGAGAGGCAUCCUCACCCUCAAGUACCCCAUCGAGCAUGGUAUCGUCACCAACUGGGAUGACAUGGAGAAGAUUUGGCACCACACCUUCUACAACGAGCUCCGUGUCGCCCCCGAGGAGCACCCCGUUCUGCUCACUGAGGCUCCACUCAACCCCAAGGCCAACAGGGAGAAGAUGACCCAAAUCAUGUUCGAGACGUUCAACACUCCCGCCAUGUACGUGUCCAUCCAGGCCGUGCUAUCGCUGUACGCGUCUGGUCGUACGACCGGUAUUGUGAUGGACUCCGGCGACGGUGUCUCGCAUACGGUACCCAUCUACGAAGGCUACUCGUUACCCCACGCCAUUUUGCGUAUGGACUUGGCCGGCCGGGACCUCACCGAUUACCUCAUGAAGAUCCUCACCGAACGUGGCUACUCGUUCACUACCACGGCCGAGCGUGAGAUUGUGCGCGAUAUCAAGGAGAAGCUCUGCUACGUGGCUCUCGAUUUCGAUCAGGAGAUGGCCACAGCCGCCUCCAGCAGCUCGCUUGAGAAGUCGUAUGAGCUUCCUGACGGACAGGUCAUCACUAUCGGCAAUGAGCGUUUCCGUUGCCCUGAGGCUCUCUUCCAGCCCUCAUUUUUGGGCAUGGAAGCCAACGGAAUCCACGAAACCACUUAUAACGCAAUCAUGAAGUGCGAUGUUGACAUCCGUAAGGACUUGUAUUCCAAUACUGUUAUGUCUGGUGGUACCACCAUGUACCCAGGCAUUGCUGACCGCAUGCAGAAGGAAAUCACUGCCUUAGCCCCGCCCGCCAUGAAAGUUAAAAUUAUCGCGCCACCUGAAAGAAAGUACUCUGUAUGGAUUGGUGGAUCGAUCCUAGCUUCUCUUUCCACCUUCCAACAGAUGUGGAUCUCAAAACAGGAAUACGAUGAGUCUGGUCCCUCCAUCGUUCACAGAAAAUGCUUCUAAAUGCCACACAUGAGACUAUACCUAUGUGUAGUUCAUGAUGCCC